GUCUGUUGGUUGAAGAGCGGACGGCACUUCCGUUCUCUGUGGACAUUUUCCGCACCAUGGGACGCGCAGACGUGGCUCUAGCUGGUUGGACUAUUCUCCUGUGUUUUUCCUCCGUCGCAGCCCAGAACGAAAGCUGUACAACCGAGACGUGUGGCGUGAGCACCUGCGAGCCUGGGAGCGAGCUAGAGGUCUCCCUCGAAGGGACGAGCUUGGAGAUCAGCUGCAACCUCUGCUUGGAAAAUUUCUACAAGGCCGAAGAAGGCGCAGAUCCUUGCCUGGCCUGUGGCGAUGGAUUGGUAUCGGAAGUAGGGGCAGUCGUUUGCUCUUUGGAGGCCGGGUUUUGGAGAACCAGCAACACCUCGGACAUCGUGUACGAGUGCCCCAAUGCGGACGCUUGUGUUGGCGGAGCCACAGCCGAGACGUACUGCAGCGACGGCUUCAAGGGGCCACUGUGUGCCGUCUGCGAGAACGACUACUACCCCAGCGGCAGCUACGAGUGCCUGGAGUGCUCCGGGGGCAACGCUGCAUCCUCCAUCAUCACCAUCAUCCUCUUCCUUGCGGCGCUAGCGGUGUUCCUAGUGGUGCUGUCCAAGGCUUCGUCGACAUUAGAGGAGCAGGCGAGGGAGCACGAUGACGAUGCCAACGACGCCGCGGCGAGCAACGUCAUGGCCGUGGGAACCAACUCCAAGGUGUUCAAGUUCGUCAAGCAGUGGAAGGACACCCUGGUGGUACGGUUCAAAAUCCUGGUAACGCACUUCCAGAUCGUCACCACCUUUCCCGUCGUGCUCGACGUGCAGUGGCCGGAGGCCUUCAACCGAUACGCCGACAAGGUUUCCGUUAUCAGCCUAGACUUCUGGGGCCUGCUGAGCCAGAGCUGCUGGUUCCAGCCCGACUUCCUCAAGCGGCUCGUGUUCACCACGCUGCUGCCGCUCGGCAUCGUGGCCGUCCUCAUGGCUCAGUACGCCAAGACCGUCAGAACGCGCAGUACGGAGGCGUCACGGCGCGCGGCUUUCGACAACACGGCGGGAGGCGUCUUGCUGACGGGGUUCUUCUUCUACAUCGUCACGAGCACGCUCAUCAUGGAGGCGUUCGACUGCCAGGACUUCGACGAUGGGUCCAGCUACCUCAAGGCGGACUUCCGCAUCAGCUGCAACAGCAACAAGUACACCUUUAUCUACGCUUACGCAAUCAUCAUGGCCAUCAUCUUCCCGGCGGGCAUCCCUGUCACCUACCUGGCCGUGCUGUACCUGGGGAAGGAGCGGAUCAACCCCGACCCUGUCAACCCGGAGGUUUCGAUCAAGAAGAGAGAAUCCGACGCCACCAUCAAGAAGACCAAGUUCCUGUGGGGGACGUACCGGCCAGCGGUGUACUACUACGAAGUGUGGGAGUGUGUCCGAAAGCUCUUCCUUACGGGUCUGCUCGUCUACUUCGAGGAGGGAACAUCUACGCAGGUGGUAAUUGCGAUGCUCAUCACCCUCGCUGGACUCCGCGUUCUGGCCGGUCUUCAGCCCUACCAGAGGGAAGACGAGAACAACCUGGCCGAGGCUUCGCUCUGGGUGACAUUCCUGACGCUGUUUGCGGGGCUUUUGAUCAAGGCCGACGUCGCCGAUGAGGAUGGCUACGACACCGUGGCGUUGGGAGUUAUCCUAUCGAUCAUGAACGCGGCCUUGUUUGCAUUGGCUGCAUUCCAGAUCCUGUGGACUACGAGUCAACUCUUCAAGGACACGUGUGGCGGAGCAUUCGGAAUCGACAUCUCAAAGAAGCAGAGGCCGAGUGGGCAAGGGCACAAUUCCGGCAGGGUCGGCGAGCAGUACCAGCAACACCUUCGGCAGCAGCAGCAGCAACGGCAGCAGCAGCAGCACGCGCCGCUAUCUGCCUCUCCCGAAGCUCGGACCGUAAGGGCCGACCGCCCAGGCAAAUGUCAGGCUUUUGAAACAGCCGCCAAGCAACCGCUUGCCGGUGCCGAUGAACAACCCGGUCCGCGGAGGCGGGAGGGUACCUCAACAAAGCGGCAAGGCCAACAACUACCGCUCCGCUGGCUCCGUGGCCUGAAACUGACGUUGGAGCUUUGUGUAUCUCUCUUCGCGCGACGAAGCGUUGAGUGCGCUGAUACUGGGAGAGACGGUGCCAAAACCUACGGUUGAUGUGUAACAGGAAGGUCAUAAACACCUACCGCCCCUCCCUGGAUGCUUGUACGCAUCCUUUUUGUUCCGAACAAUGUACACCAAUCGCGAAGGGGUCCAAUUGUAAAUUUCCGCCGCGUUUUCUUUGUCAUUCGUUCAUGACCGGCCUUUUUUCAAAGCUCGAAUGACUGACUGCUGUUUCAGGGACGCACCCUAUGUGACCAACCGAGCCACGCCUCCCGCCGCGUGGAGCAGCAGCAGUUGGCGUUGUAGCGCCUUUCGGGGCGCCAUCGUAUUGGCGAUGGUUCCGCCGCGGUCCUCUGCGGUCCAGGCUGGCGAGAUUUUAUCCACCCGCCGUAGAAUACAUGUGGUAUCGUUUUGUUGCGUUGUUUGUUGUUGGGGUUUGGAGCCGCGAGGUGAACUCGCGACGCCGUAUCGUGUGAUAGCUGUACCGUAUGUGGCAGGGCUGACCUCAGAUGGUGUUCACAAGGGGCCAGAUGUCUUAACUAUAGCCUUGGGUUCUUUCCUUGCCGACCUUUCGCGCGGCCUGUAUGGAGUCGCGGGCAUGGGAGACGGAGAUGCAAUGUUGUUAUGUGCAACUUCAUCUUGAACAUGCCGCGCACCGGAGCUGAAGCGAAGAAGUUUUCUUGUCGGAUUCACGACGUGUUGACGAUAAAAUGUGGGGAUGUGUGUGCUGUGCAGUGCUGGCCCAGUUUGCCGGCCUUAGUGUUGUUUUUUGUCGCGUCAGAUUUUCCCUUGUCCCCCACCCCCGACGUCCGGUGUUUGCCAUAGGGGUUGGGUUUUCGUCGCUUGACAACGACGGUGUAAAACA